AUGAAUUUCUUCAAUCAAAAAGUGAACAAAGACAAAUCUUUCUCAGGUGUUAUUCAAACAUGCACACCUUGUUGUCCAUUUGAUACUAAAAACAUCCCUCAUCCACAGUUUCAAUCUUUAUCUAAUUCGGAUGCAUGUUGCUUAAGUAAACUUCAAGUUAAUUGCCAAAUUAAAACUCGUCGAAAGAAAAAGAAACGGUAUAAUCCGAGCCUCUCAUCCCGAAGUACAAAACAAACUGCUGCUGCUUCAUUAUCAUCAUCAAGUCGAUUAAGUCCAAAUAUAAAACGAAAGAAAUACGAUUCAACCAUGAAUACGAACAGUUAUUAUAUUCAUCAUACUGAAUCGAAUACUCAAGUAUCCUCAUCGACUAUUGAAGAAAGUAACUCAACUGAGCGAUCACUUUCUUCGCAUCGAUAUUACAAUAAAUCUUCAAAUGCUCAACAACAACAACAAUCUCAAAUAAAUCUGACUGAGAACAUUCAAGAUUUAAAAGCUUCGAUCAAUCAUCUCACACAACUCGUUUGUCAUCAACAACAAUCAACAUCUUUUUUUGCAAAACUUCGCCGUUUGUUUUCUUUCUUCAAAAACUCAUCUCCCGAUGAUUCAAUCGAUGACGAAUGUUCGCGAAUUCUUGAACAUUAUCGCUUAACUAAACCCGAACUUCUCAACGUCUAUCAUUUAUUCGAUAAAAACGAAACACUAUUUCUUAAUUGGUUGCAAACCAUAAUACCAAACUAUUUUCAUCCAGUGUUACUCAACAAUCAACAACGAGGUGGGAUGGCACAUUUUAAUCAUAAUGAUCCAAUAUGUAUUGUGCAAGGAUGUCCAAAUGGAAUCCAAUCCAAUCCGUCGAUACAAUAUUUUUCUGUUCCCGUACAUCUGGGAAAUAUAUCAGCAGCUUGGUACAAAAAUAUCAUGCGUACAGAUCUACGUCCAUCUCCAACACAUCGUGUAUGUGAACAACAUUUCGAAGAGCCAUGUUUCGAUUAUGUUGGAAAUGGUACCAAAGUACUCAAACCGAAAUCUUUACCAACAUUGUUUGAUCUGGAAGUUUUCUAUAAAAUGAUUGCUUAUCAAGAUAAAUUACAAGAAUCAAAUAAAGCCAUUAAGAAAACCAAUAUCACCUUUCAUACCAGCAAUCCUGAUUUAGAUGGACGAACGUUAGAACCUAUUUUAAAGAUGAAUCUUGAAAGUGGCCAUGUGAAGACACGUCUCGCACCAACAGCAGCAGCAAAUAAUAAUACCCAAACUGAAAAUUUGGAUAAUAAAAACCAAACAUCCUUCAUUGUGAAUAAAUCCUCCUUGACUCAUGAUAAUUCGGAAAAUAAAGCAUCAAAUCGUUGUCACGUGGAAGGUUGUGCUCAUAAUUAUCUUGCUCGUCGCCAUCGUGUACAGUUAUACAAAAUUCCACGCGAUGCAACUGUUGCACGUAAAUGGCUCGAUGCAUGUGGUUUCGAAAAUAUCUCAGUAUCACCAUCAACUGCAACAUUCAAAGUGUGUCGUGAACAUUUUGGACAAAAUGAUUUUGAAGGACCUACUACACUACGUCCGGAUGCCAUACCCUCGUUUUUCACUCCCUAUUCUCGUUCAUUAAUCGAGAAACAAAAUUUAAAUGAUACAAAUUCUUCGACUUCAUCAACUCCAUCUUCAUCCGCGAAACGAUUUCGAUCAGAUAUGGCAAAUAUUCGUGCUAAGCAAACGACACCGAUGACAAACAAUACUAAUUCAAUAAAUGCUAAUAAACGAACAUCGUUACCUUAUCGGAAUAGUGUCAAUAAUCAAUAUCAAAGACAGUAUUUCCAUGAGCAACAACAACAACAACAACAACAGCAGCAGCAGCAGCAACAGCUUCUUACACCAUCACCGUCACGUGAUAAUCUUGACGAAAAUCUUCGACAAGCGGCUAACGAUGUGAAACAAACCAUAGACGUGGAUUUAAAUCUGAAUUGUCUCGAUGAUCAAUUAUCCGAAGCACAAUUAGCACAUUGUCCUGUUAAAGCUCUGGAUCGAACAGAAUCAACAAAUGGUAUAGCACCCAAACCUCGUAAUCCAGUCGGUCGCCCUCGUUUACAUCCUCGAUAUCCUCCAACGACACCUUCGACAACAAAUUCCAAUUCCGCAGCACGUCGUUCAACGUAUCGUCCAAACUAUGCAGACGAAGAUCCUGAUGAAUUAGAUGAUCUAGAUGAAUGGAAUAACAAUGAGCCUGAUCAAGAUGAUACAGUUCGUGAUCGCGAUUGGAUUAAUCGUCAACAGGACGAUCGUUUACCUUGGUCUAAACGAACGAAUUUGUCGACAAAUAACUAUACAUCAUCGUACCAACGUGGUAGCGGUGGUAAUCAUGCAAAUUCUUAUCGAAACGUGCGACAAUCAGCACCUCUACAGCAACAACAGCAGCAGCAAUCGCAACAACCACAACCACAUCGUAAUUCAUUGAACAAUCAACAACGAGCGAGUCGUGGUCAGUUCUACCAAACACAAUUUGUAAAGCCGGAACCAACCCGAAAAGCAACAAUACCAUUUCUUCAACCAGCUUUUGCUCCAAACGCUUCAACACAAUAUCCUCGCGACCAACCAUUGCCACGUCUCAAGCCAGGCACAGUUAGAACGCGUGAGGAGGGUUUAGAAGUCGAACUUGAACAUACUUACAAGCGUGCUCUAUCGAAAUACUAUGGUCAAAAACCCGGUCGCAACUUGCCAUUAUCUGAUUAUGGUGAUUUUCGUAGUCAGUGUCCAAUGUGUGAAAGUCUUCUCUUUGAGAAUAACAUCCAAUUGAUUACUCAUCUCUGUCAACAUCUUGACCAACAACAAAACGAUGAAAAUAAUCGUGACGAGCACUUCCAACCAAAUACCAGUUCACCUUUUGAACAAAUCAAUACGAAAUGUGCACAUUGUCAAUCAGAAUUUUCCAAUCCAUAUUUUCUUGCUAUGCACAUCGACGAUAAGCACAUGUUAGAAAUCAAUGAAUACCGCUGUCGAAUAUGUGAACAACGUCAUGCAUCAUUAUUAGAAUUAGUCGCACAUUUAAAUCUCUGCCAUUGUGGUUUAGAAAUGCCGUACUCAUGUAAAGUCUGCUCAUUUCGAACAUCAAUGCAUGCCGAUAUGAUCUAUCACAUUGAUGAAGUUCAUAAAGGAACAAGAUAUUUCUUUUGUCCAUACUGUUUCAUUGCUAUUGAAUUACCAUUCGUACCGAAUUCGUCAACAAUAUUAAAUGGAACAUUAGCUUAUAAACAUUUAUUACUUCAUUUUAAUAAAGUCGAUCAAGGACGAACAACGCCAUCGAAGUUUAAACAUUGUAGAAAAUGUGUUCUACAUGUUUCAUCUAUGAAAGAUCAUUUACAACGUGAUCAUUUGAAUAUUGUCGAUGGAAUCAAAGCAACAUACUACGACGAAGAUGAAAAUCCAGAAAAACUCAGCGAUGAAGGUGAACAAUACGAUGAUUCCGCUAUGGAUACUUCAUUACCAAUUGAUAAAUCAUCUGCUGCAAGAUACGUGACACCGGCUAAAAGUGGUUAA